UGUGUGGACCACCAGCGAUACCGGCUAAUUCCCGGGUAACAACGGAAGCUGCCACCGAUGGAGGGCGUGGAUUGCGAUCGGCGAGAUACGAGUGCGAUUCCGGCUAUGAACUGUUCGGCCAGGAGACCAUCAAAUGUGACCCAGUGAGAGGCUGGGAUCGUGAUUUACCCUUUUGUGGCACCAAUGUGGCUUACCGAAAGCCAGUAAAUCAAUCAUCGGCAACACGAGCCGGCCCGGCGGGUUUCGCCAAUGACGGCAAACCGGGUAACCAGAACCCGGACGGCCAGGAGUGCUCGGAAACGCAGAAAGAGCCAUCGCCCUGGUGGCGAGUCGAUCUACUCACCCCGGAAGCCGUGCGUGUGGUUCGGAUUACGACUCGAGGUUGCUGUGGUCACCAGCCGCUGCAGGAUUUGGAAAUCCGCGUGGGUAACAGCAGCACGGAUUUGCAGCGAAACCCUCUGUGUGCCUGGUAUCCGGGAACGAUGGACGAAGGAACGACGAAGAGUUUUACUUGCGCAAGACCACUCAUUGGGCAGUACGUAACGAUCCAGCUGGUGGGCGUGGAAAGCAGUCUCAGUUUGUGUGAGGUAGAAGUUUUCUCCAAUGAUGAGUUUUCACCGGAUCGUUGUGCGGCUCCAAAUCUGAACGCCGAUACGGUUUUGACCACCUUUGCCAAAACGUGCUACGAGUUCCACAUCACCCGGGGGGAGAGUUUCGAUAAGGCUCGACAAGUUUGUCAAUCGCAUGGCGGUGACCUAAUACACAACAUCCGCGGGGCCACGACGGAUUAUAUCAUCUCGGAACUGGAACGUCGCAAAACCGACCUCCGCACGCAGCUGGUGUGGAUCGGGGCCCAGAAAGAUCCCAGUAUCACGUCCCGCACCUGGAAGUGGGUAAAUGGAGAUACGGUGCUGAAGCCGACCUGGGGAAAAGAUCAGCCGAACAACUACAACGGCGAGCAGAACUGUGUCGUGCUGGACGGGGGCCGCAACUGGCUGUGGAACGACGUCGGCUGCAAUCUGGACUAUCUGAACUUCAUCUGCCAGCACAGCCCCCUGAGCUGCGGAUCGCCGGAAGCUCUGGUCAAUACGACCAUUGUGGGAAAAAACUUCACCAUCGGGGCCAGCAUCAGCUACAACUGUCCGGUGGGCCACUCGCUGAUCGGCGAUGGGCAGCGCCUGUGCCAGGGCUCCGGAGUCUGGAGCGGUCGGCCACCGACCUGCAAGUGUAAGCACACUUAACUUGACCUUUGUGAUGGUUUU